AUGACGGCGACACAGCAGCAGAAAUCACAGCAGCAGAAAUCACAGCAGAAGUUGAGCGAGGCUUGGGAAGCUGAAGCUGUCAACAUAAUCACUGUUGCUUAUAUUAAUCUUGCGUGGUUACCAGGUCGUAUUAUCUUUGUAUACCAGAACAGGCUGACAGCGUCAAAGUUGCCGGGAUUGCCGGCGCCGUCAAGUGGAUCAUGGUCACGCAGCUCACGCUCAGUCAAGGCUUCAAACCGUGGCUCAAGCAGAGCAUCGAAUGGUGAUUCAGAUGCAGCAACAGAACCGCUUAUCGGAACCAGCAUUUCGACUCUGACUGAGCUAUUUCCGAUUCACUACGGUACCACUCUAAAGUAA